AUGGCCGAAGAGGAACCUAAGAAGGUGACGGAGACGGUGUCGGAACCAGCUCCAUCACCGGACGCUCCGGCAGAGAAGCCUGUUGCUGCGGUAGAUGUUGCUCCACAAGAGAAGCCUGUGGCUCCUCCUCCAGUUCUUCCAUCUCCGGCGCCGGCUGAGGAGAAACUAGAGGACUCCAAGGCUUUAGUUCCCAUCGUCGCAAAAGAAGCAGAGGAAGGGAAGAAAGAAGGUUCAGUUAAUAGAGAUGCUGUGUUGGCUAGAGUUGAGACAGAGAAGAGGAUGUCACUUAUCAAAGCUUGGGAAGAGGCUGAGAAAUGCAAAGUGGAGAACAAAGCAGAGAAGAAGCUUUCUUCAAUUGGGUCAUGGGAGAACAACAAGAAAGCAGCUGUCGAAGCUGAGCUCAAGGAAAUAGAGGAGCAAUUGGAGAAAAAGAAGGCAGAGUAUGUGGAGCGGAUGAAGAACAAAAUAGCUCAAAUUCACAAGCAAGCAGAAGAGAAAAGAGCGAUGAUCGAAGCUAGACGUGGAGAAGAGAUUCUCAAAGCCGAGGAAUUAGCUGCCAAGUACCGUGCCACUGGAACUGCUCCUAAAAAGCUAUUUGGAUUCAUGUGA